AUGAACAACAGCGGGUCCUCGCUCCUCCCGAACCAGAGCUCAGCUGAGAGUGCCCCGAGCAGGGAAUCUCUCUCUGUUUUCAGUGUCCUGACGUUGGCAGCGCUGUCGCUGCUGAUCGUGGCCACUUUCGCGUGGAACCUGUUGGUGUUGUUGACCAUCCUGAGAGUGAGGACCUUUCACCGAGUCCCGCACAACCUGGUGGCCUCCAUGGCCGUGUCCGACGUCAUGGUGGCGGCUUUGGUCAUGCCCCUCAGUCUGGUCAAUGAGCUGUCCGGGAGGCGCUGGGGGCUGGGCAGAGCCCUGUGCUAUGUCUGGAUCUCUUUCGAUGUGCUGUGCUGCACUGCCAGCAUCUGGAACGUGACAGCCAUCGCCCUGGACAGGUACUGGUCCAUCACCAGGCACUUGGAGUACACCCUGAAAACCAGGAAGAGAAUCUCCAAUGUAAUGAUCGGCCUGACCUGGGCUCUCUCCACCAUCAUCUCCCUGUCUCCCCUGUUUGGCUGGGGAGAGGCUUACACAGCCGCCGAGGAGAGCUGCCAGGUUAGCCAGGAGCCUUCCUACACCAUCUUCUCCACCUUUGGGGCUUUCUACCUGCCACUCUGCGUCGUCCUGUUCGUUUACUGGAAAGUCUACAAGGCCGCUAAAUUCAGAAUAGGGAGGCACAAGAGGAACGCCAUCCUCCCCACACCCGAAACACUACAGGUGAAGGAGCGCAGACCGCGGCGGCAGAUGGACUGCGCUGUCCGCCUCGCCGCCCUGACCUUCCAGGCCGAGGCUGACGGGGAAUCGUGGCGAGAGCAGAAGGAGAGGAAGGCGGCGCUGAUGGUGGGAAUCCUGAUCGGGGUUUUUGUUCUGUGUUGGAUCCCCUUCUUCAUCACCGCACUCAUCGACCCUCUGAGCUCCUGGAACAUCGCUCCUGUCUACAAAAGCAUAUUUCUCUGGCUCGGUUACUCCAAUUCCUUCUUCAACCCUCUGAUCUACACAGCGUUCAACAAGAACUACAACAACGCCUUCAGAAAUUUAUUUAUCAAACAGCGAUAGAUAAAAAGAACCCAUGUUUUAAUGAUGAUGUGUUUUGUUUGGUUGCGCACAGUCAUUAGCACAACAUUGUGCCAUUGUACCUCAUAAAAGCUGCUGACAUUUCUGCUUCUGUUUCAUUCAAGUACAAUUUCUUCAAGAAAAAAGUCUGUAGAAUACCCGGUGCACUUACACUGUGAAAGGUAUCUGUUAAAUUUCGAAAGUUACUGUAUUCACAAUUCUCAGUUGAGCUGUUAUUUCGAG